AGUAGUAGUUGAAGUAUGGAUAUUACUACUGUUAUUAAAUUAAAUUAAAUUAAAUAGGAAGUUUAGAAGGAAAUAUAUUGGAUUUGGUAGGGGGAAAAAAUGAGUAAAGCGAAUCAGAUGCAGACAAAUCCUAUAAACAUGGGCAGCCAAUAAUUAAAGCUUGUGUUGGUUUUGGAGCAGAUUUGGCAGAUUUCUCAUAUAUAACUGUUGCUGGGUGGGAUCCAACUUGUUAAUUUUCAGAUUGGAUUCUCUUAUUCUAUCUCACAAAAGUUGUACAAGGAUAGAUUGCUCCAAUCAAGGGGUAUACCAUUGCAAAUAGAGUACAUGUCUUCAAUAACUUGCUGGUGCUCUGGGCUAAUGUCCAAUUCUUCAACAGUAGUGGUAGCUAAUGAUAAAAGUAAGGAUCCGAGACCUGCUAGUUUCGUUCAAAUCCCUUCGUGGAUCUCCUUGAAAUGCAAUAAUUCAUCCUUGAGGACCCCUAAAGUUCAACAGGGCCAAGUUGAAAACUUGCAUUUGAUUUCUUUAGCCAAACAAGGGAUGCUUCAAGAAGUACAUGACUUUGUCAGAAGCAUGGAUGCAGCAGGCAUCUCGAUAAAUCCCCGGUCAUAUGAAUACCUCUUUAAAAUGUGUGGAACACUGAAUGCUUCAUCAGAUGGAAAAUUAUUUCACAAUAGACUUCAGAGAACGGGUAAUACCAAUAAGUUCAUUGACAAUUGCAUCCUUCAAAUGUAUUGUGAUUGCAGGUGUUUUGCAGCUGCAGAGAGAUUCUUUGAUGAAAUGAUUCAUCGAGAUAUGUCCUCUUGGCACACCCUCAUGUCUGCUUAUGUUGAGGAAGGGCUCAUAGAUGAAGCUAUUAGAUUGCUCUUGCGUAUGCUAGAUUUCGGAAUUAUGCCACCCGCAUCGAUCAUCAGUACUCUUAUAGGGUCCUUCACAUAUCCUUCAUCGUUAGGUCUUGGCAAGCAGAUUCAUUCUCAGCUGAUAAAGAUUGGAGUUAUUGCCAAUGAUUUGAUCGAGACCUCUAUCUCCAACAUGUACAUCAAGUGUGGCUGGUUGGAUGGUGCUGAAGUCGCUACCAAUAAGAUGGCUAGAAAAAAUGCUGUGGCUUGCACUGGGUUGAUGUUGGGCUAUACUCAAGCUGCAAGGAACAAAGAUGCUGUUUUAUUGUUUGCAAAAAUGAUAAGUGAAGAUGUAGAACUGGAUGAGUUUGUCUUUUCAAUAGUGCUUAAGGCGUGUGCUGCCUUAGGAGACUUAAACAUGGGAAGACAAAUUCAUAGCUACAGUGUGAAACUUGGAUUGGAGUCUGAGGUCUCGGUUGGAACUCCACUACUGGAUUUUUAUUUUAAAUGCGCCAGGUUUGAAGCUGCAUAUCAAGCUUUUGAGAGCAUACGUGAACCAAAUGAUUUUUCAUGGAGUGCUCUAAUUACUGGAUAUUGCCAAAAUGGUAAGUUUGACAAGGCACUUGAGAUUUUUAGAACACUCAGAAGUAAGGGAGUGUUAUUGAAUUCAUUCAUGUAUACCAGCAUCUUUCAAGCAUGCUCUUCUGUCUCAGAUUUGAUUUUCGGUUCGCAAGUUCAUGCAGAUGCAAUAAAAAAGGGGCUAGUUGCAUGCCUCUCUGGAGAGAGUGCUAUGAUCACUAUGUACUCAAAAUGCGGCAAAAUAGACUAUGCCCAUCAAACAUUUUUGGCUAUUGAUAAACCUGACAACAUUGCAUGGACUGCUAUAAUUUGUGCUCAUGCUUAUCAUGGCAGAGCUUCUGAAGCUCUGAGGCUUUUCAACAAGAUGCAGGAGUCGGGUGUAAGGCCAAAUGCUAUCACAUUCAUUGGUUUGUUAACAUCUUGUAGUCAUUCAGGUCUAGUUAGACAGGGAAAGAAGUUUUUGGAUUCAAUGAGUGACAAGUACAAUGUGGAUCCAACAAUUGAUCAUUACAACUGCAUGAUUGAUAUAUACUCUCGUGCUGGAUUACUGCAGGAGGCUCUUGAAAUGAUAAAGAGUCUGCCAUUUGAACCUGAUGUGUUGAGUUGGAAAAGCUUAUUAGGAGGUUGUUGGAGCCAUAGGAAUCUCAAGAUUGCGAUGAUUGCAGCCGAAAGGGUGCUUCAGCUGGAUCCAUUAGACACUGCUACUUAUGUGAUCAUGUUCAACUUAAAUGCUUUGCUUGGGAAGUGGGAUGAAGCAGCUAAAUUUAGAAAGAUGAUGGCUGAAAUGAACUUGAGAAAAGAAGUAAGUUGCAGCUGGAUUAUUGUGAAGCAUAAAGUCCAUCGUUUUGUGGUAGGUGAUAGACACCACCCUCAAACAGAGGAGAUAUACUCAAAAUUAAAACAGCUUGAUUUUGCUGUCAAAAAGGGUGAGGAGUGUCUUCUUAAUGAAGAGGACGCACUCUGUGACUUCAGUGAAAGGAAAGAGCAGUUACUUGAUCAUAGUGAGAGACUAGCUAUAGCUUAUGGUCUCAUAUGCAUCAAAGGUGACACCCCAAUUAUGGUCUUCAAGAAUACUCGAUCAUGCAGAGAUUGCCAUGAAUUUGCAAAAAGGGUCUCCAUGGUAACUGAUCGUGAAUUAAUUGUGAGAGAUGCCAAUAGGUUCCAUCAUAUAAAGGCUGGGGAAUGUUCUUGCCAUGAUUAUUGGUGAUUUCUGCACAAAUCUUGAAGAGAAACUAGCUUUGAUUUAGGAAUUUCUUUUUUAUUGCGGGAGCUACCUACAAUAUUGAAUACAAUUUUACUCAAUCAAGCAAACAAUGUAUCAUGUAAAUUUGUAAAUGGUGUUUUACCAUGAUUAAGAGAAUGUAUCUAUUGGAACGAAUU